AAACUGCAGCAAAUACUUUACUGGAGAAGGUCUGAAAACGAAGUCUAUAUAAAUUUAAUUAAUUUAAGUUAAAUGACGUGGUACAUUCGAGGCUGUCAAACGUACAGAAUAUACUUAGUACUAGUUAGGGUAAAUUAAGGGCGUACCUUUCUUCAUGAAAUCAUGUCGUUUCUUAAUCGCAUUUUAAACUGCAGAAAUGUUGUUUUCUCUCAUAGGGAAGAUAAUGUAUGCUUUUAUAUUGAAAAAUAUUUUCUAUUCAGAAGAAGAUUCUUCCUCGUCUAACAUAGAAAAACAAUAAAAAAAGUUCAAACAGUUCGUCAAGAUGGCGACUCGGAACACGGGCAUGGGUCUGUGCCGCAGGGUAACUAUAUUCUUAAUAGGCCUGUUCGAGUGCUGCGUUUUUGGAGGCCUAGUGUUCGGGUGGCCACAGCUCGUGCUGAUACUCAAGGAGGAAGGAAUCUACUCGAGCCUCUGCAAUGUGAGCGAGACCAACUACACGACCCAAGUGGACCAGGGAUAUGAACCGGUGUUAGACGCCAGCACGGAGCCGGUGGAGUGCCACGGGCUGGUGGAAGGGUGCGAUGCAGGUCAGGAGGAGCGAUGGAGGCAGUGGAAGGAGGAAAAGUGCGCCGCGGUCUGGGGCAGUGAGGCACAAAACGCGAACGACUCAGAGGCGCCCCCUACGAAGGGCUGCAAGGCCCAGGACGAGCAGUUCGCGCUGGUCUUCACCGUGGGCGUGGUGAUGUACUCCCUGCCUAGUGUCGUUGUGGGGUACCUGCUCUACUAUGCCGGCUUGUGGGUCACCCGCAUCAUUGUCAGUUCGAUGCUGGUGGCCAGCUUCUGCCUGCUGGCUAUGCUGAGUACCGAGCGGGAGUCUCUGCUGAUGCCUGCUCUGGUGCUGCUGGCGAUGGGUGGCAAUCAGUUGCGGUUGUGCGCUGUUCAGUUCGGGGACCUCUUCCCCCAGCGGCGGGCCACGGCCCUCAACCUCCUCAUGGGGUCCUACAGCAUCUCCUCGUCUGUCUUCUUCCUCUUCAAGAUUUAUCACGGUACUACUUCGAAACCUUCCUGCAACACCAUUAAUCGCAACAUGAUUAGUCGCUACACCAUUAAUGGUAACACUAUCAUCAAUAUUAAUGGAAACACCCUUAAAACCAUUAUUGUUAACACCAUUAAUGGUAACACUAUUAACACCAUUAACGGUAACACCAUUAACACCAUUAACGGUAACACCAUUAACACCAUUAACGGUAACACCAUUAACACCAUUAACGGUAACACCAUUAACGGUAACACCAUUAACGGUAACACCAUUAACACCAUUAACGGUAACGCCAUUAACACCAUUAACGGUAACACCAUUAACGGUAACGCCAUUAACACCAUUAACGGUAACACCAUUAACACCAUUAACGACACGAGCAGACGAGACACACAGCUGAGCCUUAAAGCCUCUUCGUCCGGCUCAGAAUCUGCGGCGGUGAAGGUCCCGCUGAGCCUGAGCCUCUGCUCGCUGUCGUGUUUCCUGCACACCUACUGGCUCUUCAUGGCUCUCUUUGCCAUGAACAGCUACCAGCAGACCUUCAACUUUUGGAUCACCACGACGUCGUGCAAGUGGUCGGAAAUCUAUAAUACGACGUCGUGCAAGUGGUCGGACGUACAGCACUACACGGCACUGUUCAGCUUCUGCGGUCUGCUGGGCGCGGCGGUCGCCCCGGUGCUCGGCCACCUCACCGACAGCAUCCUGGGGCGCGCCAAGCGUCACGCUCCUGAUGCAUUCGCCCUCCGAGUGCAAGAAGUCUGCGCGAACUUCACUCCACUCCUCAUAACCACGAUCUUCUUGAUCUUACUGUACGCGUGCCUCCUAUUCUUCAAGAGCUGGGCCAUAUAUCUGUCCCUUGUGUGCUUGGUGUUCUGCAGGUCGUGCCUCUUCUCGACCAGCACGGCGUUCCUCCGAGCCCGGUUCCCCGUUGAACAUUUGGAUCGCAUUAUGGGCAUUUGCAACACGGUCGUCGCGGUCCUCUCCUUACUGGUGUACCCACACUUCAUGUGGCAGAUGAACCAUUAUUACACAGCCAUUGUUGUGGCGCUGUGUUUCAUAACACUUAUCAUUAGCUACCCGAUGCACUUAUUGUUUAAGAAGAGCAUAAGAAGAGCGCUGCUGGAGCUACCGCAGCCUAAAGGAAUAGACACGGACAGCCUCCUGCAGCGUGCUCCUUCCAAGCUCGUCAGCAAUGCUACGCGCAGUGCUACCCCAGUCAGGGCCAAUACUUGAGUCGUAAUCAUUAAAAAAAACUUUUAUGCGAGUUUACGUUUCAUUAUUUAUCACGCUUCUGUUUCUACCGAGCUUUUAUUGAUAAAUUAAAAACCUUACUAUUAAGUAGUAUUUAGAAAUA